UUAGAAAUGGACUGGAAAUUUAUUUACUCUCAAAAAUAAACAUUAAAAUUCCACAUUUAUUGACAAUAAAACUGUGCAGGAAAUACACCGUUUGUGCUUCGCUUUUCGGUGUAAUUUUGUGUUUUCAAAAACAUUUCACUUGUCACACCCAAUUUACAUUUUUGCCUGAUAAGAAAAAUCGCAGAAAUGGCUAAAACGAGUGACCAGAAAUGUGUGAAAGUGGUGGUUUUAGGGGACUUUGGGCGUAGCCCCAGGAUGCAGUACCACUGCAUGUCCCUGUCAGAGAUGGGGCACCGCGUGGACGUGAUUGCUUACGGAGGAACGGAGCCCCUUGACUCCAUCAAAACAGACCCCUUCAUUUUCUACCACUAUCUGCUCCCAGUGCCCCAACUUCCCAUCAAGCUACUCAAUUACGCAUUUAAGACAGUUAUGCAAGCGAUUAAUUUACUAUUUCUGCUUCUUAUCACGACCAGAUCAGAUAUUUUAAUAAUGCAAAACCCGCCUGCAAUUCCCGCAGUGGUAAUCUGCUGGUUGUACACACGAAUUGUAAAUGCGAAAUUUGUGAUAGAUUGGCAUAACUAUGCUCACACUAUCAUGGCCCUGAGUGUCGGGGAGCGAAACCCUCUGGUUAAAAUUACGAAAAAAGUGGAAGUUGUUGUGGGCCGCAGAGCUGGUCAUAAUUUUUGCGUCACCAAAGCAAUGAGAGACGAUUUGCAAAAAAACUGGAACAUAAAAGCCACAACUUUAUACGACAGGCCGCCUUUAAUAUUUAAACCACUUGAGUUGGAAGAAAAACACAAAUUUUUGUUAGAGUGCGGCAAAAAGUACCAUAAAAUAUUCUUGGACGCCCACGAAAACUCAACGGUUUUUACCGAGAAAACAGAAGAGGGCAUUAAGUUAAAAAGCGAGAGACCGGGAUUGCUAGUUUCCAGUACUAGUUGGACUGAAGAUGAGGAUUUUUCCAUUUUGUUAACAGCCUUACAAGAGUACGAAAAACAGUGUCAUGAAGGCAAUGCAAGAAAUUUGCCCAAAUUGAUUUGUGUGAUAACAGGAAAGGGGCCGUUAAAAGAUUACUAUCUUGACAGAAUUUCCAAACUGACUUGGGAUUACGUUACUAUAAUAACCCCCUGGUUAGAUUCUGAAGACUAUCCAAAAAUUUUAGCUUCAGCAGAUUUGGGAGUCUCUCUUCACACAAGUUCUAGUGGUCUUGACCUUCCCAUGAAAGUGGUCGAUAUGUUUGGUUGUGGUUUACCAGUCUGUGCCUUCGAUUUUAAAUGCUUAAAUGAACUAGUAAAAGACGGAGAAAACAGUUUUAUAUUCAAGUCCCCUGAAGACUUAUCCCGGCACGUGUUAAAUUGGUUUGAAAACUUUCCAAACAACGAGAACCAAAAACGCACUGCGUCAAAAUUCAAGACUGAACUCCAAUCAUUCCAAAACCUGCGAUGGAAGGAAAAUUGGGAACUGGUGGCAUCACCAAUUUUCAAAUAAUUAGAAAAAAACGUUUAUUGAAAAGUUAAACUAUGAAUAAAUUGUACAUUAAACGAGCAA